ACCAAUAUAUAUGUCACAUACAGAAAUAGAGAUAUGUUUUUGUGUCCAAGUUUAUAUUUAACUGCCUCCCUCUAUUUAGGCAAACAGUUGUGUGAUACUUAUCAGUUAAGGGGAAUACAUUUCCUUUGCCCUACAGAGGAGUCAGAAUAGAGCAGAGUUCUAGAUCCUUGAUUGUAGCUUACUAACUUCAUGGCUUUUUCUGGGGUGGGGUUUGUGCUCCUGGUAGAGUUGACCAGAUUGUUGGGAGAGGGCCGUCAAUGACAGAUAAGGACCGAACCAAAGGCCCAGGUGAAGGGGAGCCUCCUGAAGAUCCAAGUAUGAUGGGCAGACUUGGAAAGGUGGAAAAACAGGUCCAGUCCAUGGAGAAGAAGCUGGACUUCCUGGUCAACAUCUACAUGCAACGGAUGGGGAUCCCACCAAACGAAACAGAAGCCUACUUUGGGCCGAAGGAACCUGACCCAGCACCGCCCUACCACAGCCCAGAAGACAGCAGGGAGCACAUUGACAAAAACGGUUGCAUCAUCAAGAUCAUUCGCUCCACGAGUUCGAUGGGACAGAAGAAUUUCUCUGCACCUCCUGCCACAACGGUGCCAAACAACUCAUGCCCCCCUUCCACUUCUUGGCAGACAUAUCAACGGCAAAGCCACGGGACCUCCCCGGUUGGCGAUGCUGGUUCUUUGGUGAGAAUCCCACCUCCACCUUCUCACGAGCGCUCCUUCUCUGCCUACGGUGGUGGGAACAGGGCCAGCGCUGAGUACGCAAAGAACGAAGACAUUACAGCUAAGCACCCAGAGAGUGCUCUGAGGGACAGCGACACCUCUAUUUCUAUCCCAUCAGUGGACCACGAGGAACUGGAGCGUUCCUUCAGUGGGUUCAGCAUCUCACAGUCCAAAGAAAAUUUGGACGUCCCUUAACAACGGUUGCUACACCGCUGUGGCCAAAAUCAGACCUUACAUAGCAGAAGGGGAGUCAGAUACGGAUUCUGACCUCUGCACACCCUGUGGGCCUCCGCCGAGGUCAGCAACCGGCGAGGGACCUUUCAGUGACAUGGGCUGGUCAGCUCCUAGGCAGUGAAGGAAAAGAAAGCCACCUGAACACAACUUCAAGAGCAUGGGGCAAUGAUGCUGUCCACAUACCGGACAUCUUCAGGAGACUGGGAGCUAAUGUUCUGCAACCCAGAAAUUGUGGGUGUUUUGCCACAGCUUGGUCCGGGGGUGGUGGGAGCAGAAGCUACGCCUGCUCUCUCCAAAAAAAGAGAGGGGGCAUUGUAGUGAAUAAUUUUGAAAUGUCUGGAUUUCUUUCAUACCAUCUUUCUAAACUAGAUAGGUGAAACUGUGAUCUUACUCCAGGGUAGGUAGCCGUGACUCUUGGUAAUCUUUUAAGCUAAGAGGGCACACGCAUCACUAAGACAGUGGUUGAGCAAUUGGUGAGACAAUUUCUUCUUCUUUUGACUAAGAGUAGGCAAUGGCACUGAGCUAUCAGGUCACACACAAAAAACAUGCUAGUGUUACAAAAGAAACGUGUCACUAAUUAUGCCUUGGGGGGAGGGAGAAACAGAGCUGUAAUGUACAUUGGCGAAAGGUGGUUUAAUUAUGAUUGCAGAGAAAUUAGCUGGGAAGAGCCGUAUAUUGAACGAUUGGUGUCCAAAUGGCAGAAACACAAAUUUUCAGUGACAAAAUUGUCUUGUGGUAUUGGAUUGGAGACAGGACCACUGCUUCAGUAGGUGUGCUUGAGCUCAAAGAACAGCAGUCUGUGUGGGAUGUGAGACUGCUUUCACAUGAGAUGCUUUCAUCCUUUCCUUUUUAAAACAACAACAACAACAAUCACAUCUGCAGGAUAGCAUCAAAACAGUUAUUGAUCUGCAUGCUCAGAGGUUUAGAUGUUUUUGCACUCUUUGGAAUACUGUUUUCUAAUGCAGGAGGGGACACACCUCCUUGGAAGGACAGUCCGUGUGCUGUGGUAGAGAAAGGGUUUUUGAAGCCUAGGUCAGUUUGCAAGAACAGGGCCAUAAUGAUGCGCCCACCAGCUCAUGCACAUUUCAUAGCCACAUUUCUAGGGUCUCUUGUUCAAGUUUAGGGUGGCUGCUCAUCAUGUUAGGUGACAUAGUGGCUCUGUUCGUGAGCUCAAAAAAGGAAAGAGGCAAGUCUUCCUCGCAGAAGCAGACUUCAGGACAGCAUGAAGAUAACGCCUUGCAACCCUCCAACACAGUGCAGAUAAGAAGCGUGAAAUUUCAUAAGAAGGUGUGGCGGCAACUCCGAGAUCAGAAGUUCCACAGGAGUUACGAAAGCAAGAAGACUCCAGUUGUGAGAGGGGCUUCACUUUAUGGGGGAGAUUAAAACUGAGCUAAGGGCUUCUGGGCUCCAUAGCUGAAAGAAGUUUGUGACUUCUGCGCUUUGCAAUCAGCAGGGAAGCUUUAGCGUUCACCCCACUUCUUGUGACGAAAUCUGCUUCUCUCUAGCCUAUCCACUCGCAGAUGGAUGUCUCUCUUUUGUUAACCUUGUCCCAAGUCCAGA